GCACUCCGCCCGCCACCCGCCGUUGCUAGCUACCGCACCUCGGUCCUCGUUGCGGGAAUAAUCGGUCAAGUCAAUUUCAGUUUUCAUUCUGGCUACUUUUGUACAUAGUCUCAUUGCAAUAAUGCUCUCAGUGACCAUCUGAAUAUAUACUUACUUUUUCCCUUUGAAUUAUUUGUUCAAAGUUCGUCCCGAACGUAUAUUGGUGAUGUUUAUUUUCUGCAAAUGCAAAAUUUUACGAUCUUCUAUUUCUUAGUUUGCAAUUACGGGCUAUUGACCCGCCGCCCGUUCUACGAAUGCCAUUCGUACCUUUCACAGCAAUCUUGCGAAGUAAGUAGGUACCUACUUACGUUAGUAACGAAACUAGGAUUUAUGCCUGUAUCAGUGUUAUGUUUUAUUGGAUUAACAAUGCUUCUGGCCUUGUAUCCUUGUAAAAUGGCGCCUCGCCCGUCGUUAUUAUUAUUACAUGCGAAGCGAACUUCGUGACGAUCUCCAUUCUCCAGCCCCCCGCCUCAAGCCGCCCCGCGGAUGCGUAUCCGAUUGUCGCGAGUCGACUGGCGUUUACUACUUGUCAAACAAGUUAGGUUAUUCGGAUUAUUGAAGCGAAAAUUUAACUAAAUUAGAGAAAAUUGACUUUUUCCUUUGUACAUAACAUGUAAAUAGUAUGUCAGCUGGGUCACAAAUUCAGAUGGCACCACAAACUACUGUCAACACGGGGCAACCACAACUUAAUCAGGACUCCAAUAUGAGCACAGGUAAAGUGUGUUUAAGUGAUACAAGUGCAGUUUAACCUUGUGAUGUGAUCAGUGAAGUUAAGUGUUUGCAUUACACGCUCCCAAGACACAAAUUCUUCGAAGGCUAACCUUAUUUACAAACUUUGUGGACAAAACUUCUAUGGAUAACUGCUGUCAAAAGGAGUGUGACGUCAACUUUUUGUGUAUAAUGCCGGAUAGGAACUGCGAAAGUUUAAUCUUUCCUCCUGUGAUCCGAAGCUAUUGCGUGACACUAUGCAUGACUAUAAAAGUGGAACUAACGUGAACCACAUCGGUCUGCUCAGCUCUUUAUCGAAAAGAUCCUCACAUAGUGAUAAAGAAGUGGAUGCAUUGACUCCUGAAAAGUCUGCUGCUAUGCGAGGUUCAAAUUCAGUUCCUGGCAGUACUUUGGUGCCACCAAGUGGUGCCACACCUACUAUAGCAAUGCCUGAACGGAAGAGAAAACGGAAAGGUGAGGAAGGUGUAGGUGGUGGUGGAGGGGGCGGCGGUAAACAAAGGCAUAACUCUUCAGAUAAAAAUAUCAGAGAAUAUUUUUCCAAGCACCCUUCGUCCAGUCCUGUUCGGCUUGCAGGAGCUAAGUCACCUUCGCCACAAGGCGCUAACUAUCCUAUGUACCCACCAUCAUCACCUUCAUCAUUAUUGCCUUCGGGAGGUGACUUUUUACGAACCGCCUCACAACAGCGACCUCUCACUUCUGUUAAACAGAUUCAAACAGAAAUGACAUGUCAGAGGAUACAAGAGUUAGAAACUCAAGCUUCAACUGACUUAGAAGUAAGGAAUAAUAGAAUAGAAGAAUUAACAAGAAGUAAUGAAGAGUUAAAACACCAAGUUCAAGCACAGAGCAAGGUUAUAGACCAGCAUAAAUCACAUAUAAACAAAUGUCUAGAAGUGGUUAAAAAAUUAUUAAAUGAAAAAAGUUCUAUUGAAAAGAAGGAAGCACGACAGCGAUGUAUGCAGAAUAGGUUAAGGCUUGGUCAGUUUGUUACCCAACGAGUUGGCGCUACCUUCCAAGAGAACUGGACUGAUGGCUAUGCAUUUCAAGAACUCACAAGGCGGCAAGAGGAAAUAACAGCAGAGAAAGAGGAGAUAGACCGACAGAAGAAGCUACUGUUAAAGAAGAGGCCGUCAAACAGUGAAGGCGGUGGUGGGCGAGGCAAGCGCACGUCGAGCGUGUCUGCGCCCACCACGCCGCAGCCGCAGCCGCUGCACAACGGCACGGACGCGCCCACCUUCCUCAAACCCGACCCCCUGCCCAGUAUGACGUCGCAGGAGUACUACGAGGCUGAUGAGAUAUUAAAGCUAAGGCAAAGUGCCUUAAAGAAAGAAGAUGCAGACUUACAAUUAGAAAUGGAAAAACUAGAAAGAGAGAGAAAUCUUCACAUUAGAGAAUUAAAGCGGAUACACAAUGAAGACCAAAGUCGAUUCUCACAGCAUCCUGUGUUAUCCGAAAGGUACCUGCUGCUAAUGCUGCUGGGUAAAGGCGGCUUCAGCGAGGUGCACAAGGCGUUCGACCUGCGCGAGCAGCGCUACACGGCGUGCAAGGUGCACCAGCUCAACAAGGACUGGAAGGAGGACAAGAAGGCCAACUACAUCAAACAUGCACUCCGGGAGUACAACAUUCACAAGGCUCUGGACCACCCUCGGAUUGUGAAGCUUUACGAUGUAUUUGAAAUAGACGGAAAUUCAUUUUGUACAGUUCUUGAAUACUGUAAUGGACAUGAUCUCGACUUUUAUCUCAAACAGCACAAGACAAUCCCAGAGCGAGAAGCGCGGUCGAUCGUGAUGCAAGUGGUGUCCGCGCUGAAGUACCUGAACGAGAUAAAGCCGCCGGUGAUCCACUACGACCUGAAGCCCGGCAACAUCCUGCUCACGGAGGGCAACGUGUGCGGGGAGAUCAAGAUCACAGACUUUGGGCUCUCCAAGGUCAUGGACGAAGAGAACUACAACCCCGACCAUGGCAUGGAUCUCACCAGCCAAGGUGCUGGCACUUACUGGUACUUGCCACCAGAGUGCUUUGUAGUUGGCAAGAACCCACCAAAGAUCAGUAGUAAGGUGGACGUGUGGAGUGUCGGCGUCAUUUUCUACCAGUGCCUGUACGGCAAGAAGCCCUUCGGCCACAACCAGAGUCAGGCCACUAUCCUAGAAGAGAACACGAUCCUGAAGGCGACUGAAGUUCAGUUUGCCAACAAACCCACAGUCAGUAAUGAGGCUAAAAGCUUCAUCCGCGCGUGCUUGGCGUACCGCAAGGAGGAGCGCAUCGACGUGUUCGGGCUGGCGCGGCACGAGUACCUGCAGCCGCCCAUGCCAAAGCCGCGCGGCGCGGCGAGUGGCGCGGCGGGCGGCGCGGCGGCCAGCGCGGCGCCGGCCGCCUUCAGCGCGGGGCUGUUCGCGGCGGGCUCGUCGUCCUAGCCGCGCCGCGCGCGCCCGCGCCGCCCGCGCGCGGCGCGCCCGCCCGCUGUCCCGCGAACUGAAACCGCGUUACACUUGUAAAAUGACUAUAUCAUUUACGGAUUCAAUUGUUUAAGAUUAUGCUUAUUGUUGACUGUAUUUAUUGAGCAGGUGAUAGAAUGUGAUUCUCCAUUUAUGAAUGGUUAUCAUCCGUUUAUCACUGGAAAGCAAUCCCUGGGAGCAUGUCCCGUACAUAUUAUAUAAGUUAAUCCUAUUAAAAAAGUUAAAAAUAA